UGAUUUUCUCGCAGCCCGGGCGCCCCGGAGCCGAAGCCCGAGCCGAGGAGGUGGCGCUCGCAGCCGCGUCCCAGCCCCGUCGCCGCCGGCGCCCCGCCACCCCCGCCGCCAGCGCCCCAUCCGGCGUCUCCCGCUCCUCACGCCCCUCUCCCUGUCUCCUGCAUCCCCUCUACCUCUGCCCGCAGACGCGCGUCCCUCUCCUGGGGCACCUGUCCACGACUCCGCGCUCCCCUCCCGGUGCCCUCUCCCCGCGCCCCUCUCCCCGCGCCCCUCUCCCCGCGCCCCUCUCUGCCUUCCCCGCUGUGCCCCCGCUCCCUGGGCUCCUUGCCCUUCCCCGCUGGGCCCCUGUAGCCUCCUCGCGGCGUCACCCGAGCCCCCUCCUCGAUCCGCGGCCCCCGCUCCCUCCGCCCUCUUCCCUCUCUCACUUCCCACGCCCCCUCUUCGCGCUCCUCUCUCCUCCCCUUGCCGCCCAGCCCUGGCUCUGGAGUUGGGGGAGAACCCAGGGCUCCAGUCGCUCCGGAGGAGGCGUGAACCGCGCAGGGAUUGACUAAUUUGGGGUGGGGGGUGCGGUGGGCGAUGGAGCAGCCUGAGGACAUGGCGUCGCUGAGCGAGUUCGACUCCUUGGCGGGCAGCAUCCCGGCCACCAAGGUGGAGAUCACCGUGUCCUGCAGGAACCUCUUGGACAAAGACAUGUUUUCCAAGUCCGACCCACUGUGCGUCAUGUAUACCCAAGGGAUGGAGAACAAGCAGUGGCGGGAGUUCGGACGCACCGAAGUCAUCGACAACACGCUCAAUCCUGACUUCGUGCGCAAGUUCAUUGUGGAUUACUUCUUCGAGGAGAAGCAGAACCUCCGUUUUGAUCUAUACGACGUUGACUCUAAGAGUCCUGAUUUAUCCAAACACGAUUUCCUGGGCCAGGCCUUCUGCACCCUUGGAGAGAUUGUGGGGUCCCCUGGGAGCCGCCUGGAGAAGCCCCUCACGAUAGGUGCAUUCAGCCUGAAUUCCAGGACGGGCAAACCCAUGCCAGCUGUGUCCAAUGGAAGUGGUCUUUGGAUGGAAAGUUUGAGAACCACUGGUCUGGAAGCCUCCGGUGGUGUCCCAGGAAAGAAAUGUGGCACCAUCAUCCUGUCCGCUGAGGAGCUCAGCAACUGUAGGGAUGUCGCCACCAUGCAGUUUUGUGCCAACAAGCUGGACAAGAAAGAUUUCUUUGGGAAAUCUGACCCCUUCUUGGUAUUCUACAGAAGCAACGAGGAUGGAACGUUCACCAUUUGCCACAAGACCGAGGUCAUGAAGAACACCCUAAAUCCAGUCUGGCAAACUUUCUCCAUUCCCGUGAGAGCCCUCUGCAACGGCGACUACGAUCGGACCAUCAAGGUGGAGGUGUAUGACUGGGAUCGGGACGGCAGCCAUGACUUCAUUGGGGAGUUCACCACCAGUUACCGGGAGCUGGCCCGUGGGCAGAGCCAAUUCAACAUCUAUGAGGUGGUAAACCCGAAAAAGAAAAUGAAGAAAAAGAAAUACGUGAAUUCUGGCACAGUCACCCUGCUUUCCUUUGCUGUGGAGUCAGAGUGUACCUUCCUCGACUAUAUCAAAGGAGGGACCCAGAUCAACUUCACUGUGGCCAUUGAUUUCACUGCCUCCAAUGGGAACCCCUCACAGUCCACAUCCCUGCACUACAUGAGCCCCUACCAGCUGAACGCCUACGCGCUGGCGCUGACUGCCGUCGGAGAGAUCAUCCAGCACUACGACAGUGACAAGAUGUUCCCUGCCCUGGGCUUCGGGGCCAAGCUGCCCCCGGAUGGCAGGGUGUCCCACGAAUUCCCGCUGAACGGCAACCAGGAGAACCCCUCGUGCUGCGGCAUCGAUGGCAUCCUGGAGGCCUACCACCGCAGCCUGCGCACCGUGCAGCUGUACGGCCCCACCAACUUUGCCCCCGUGGUCACCCAUGUGGCCAGGAAUGCAGCGGCCGUGCAGGACGGCUCCCAGUAUUCGGUGCUGCUCAUCGUCACUGAUGGGGUCAUCUCGGACAUGGCGCAGACCAAGGAGGCCAUUGUCAACGCUGCCAAGCUCCCCAUGUCCAUCAUUAUCGUCGGCGUGGGCCAGGCGGAGUUCGACGCCAUGGUGGAGCUGGAUGGUGAUGACGUGCGGAUCUCCUCCCGGGGGAAGCUGGCUGAACGCGACAUCGUCCAGUUUGUGCCCUUCCGGGACUAUGUGGACCGCACAGGCAACCACGUGCUGAGUAUGGCCCGCCUGGCCCGAGACGUGCUGGCAGAGAUCCCCGACCAACUGGUGUCCUACAUGAAGGCACAGGGCAUUCGCCCGCGUCCCCCACCCGCAGCACCAACCCACUCGCCCUCGCAGUCCCCAGCCCGUACGCCCCCUGCGUCCCCCCUGCACACACAAAUCUGAACCUGGUCUCAGCAGGCAGGUGGCUGGGGCCUGGGAGAGGCCAGGCGAACAGGAGGCCAGGGCCCCAGACUCCCCGAAGUUGGCCUGCCCGGCCUUUGGGACAUCUGUGUGCCUGGGAGGCUGCCAGGGGGUGGGGCUUCUGAAGACCCCUCCUCAAUUUCUUGGCCUCACUUAUUGCCCAAACCCAGGGAGUUACAGGGGUACGGGUGAAAGAGGGUUACACAGGGACCCAGCCCUUCUCUUCUUCCCCAAUACCUGGCUCUAACCCAGUCAGGAAGGUGUAAACAAUAAGGGUGAUUGGGGUCCCUGUCGCCCAACCCCGGCAAUCCUAUUUGCUUGCCUGUCACCCUGAAGCCUGGGCUUGGCCUCCUCCAGCCCCCCAUCUCCAUCCCAUCCUCCCAUGGUGUCUACUCCUGUCACUGAGUCCUGCCCUGUGGUCUAUCCUGUGCCCAAUUUCCAGUGAGCCCUAUGAAGCUGAUGGGUUUGCAGGAAGGCCUGAACAUGUGCCCCCUCCCAGGGACACUGGAUGCACUGGGAGCCCCGGGGACCCAUGGGGUGCUGUAAUCAUGGACCGUAGGCCAUGUGAUGGGCCUGAAGUGGAGGCUGCUCAGCACAGAGCCCUUUCUGGUGCCUCUCGAGCUCAGUACGAUGCAAGUUCUAGACACACAGAUGGCCUGUGGAGGCCUCUCCCUGGUGUGGGCCACAGGCACUUCCAUGGUUGACUCCUGGCUUCAGGAAUCCCUUCUUCCCUCCAGAGGCUUCCCAGGGCCCUCGGUGCCCAUGCCUCUGCCCACGUAGGGGCCUGAGUAAGGAGUGGCUCAGCCCCACGUUCCCACCCUGCUCCUGCUCUUUGCCCUGUAUCCCAUGAGGCUGGGAGACAGGAGUCCUGGGUUUGAGCCCUGCCUCCCCCAGCUGCCUAAUGUGGGAGCCCAAGCAAGUCCCUUCUACCUUUUGGGCCUCAGUUUCCAUGUCUGUAUGACAAGAGGGUUGACCAGAUGGCCCCAGGUUUUCCUUUAGGUCUGACGUCCUGAGGGUCAUUCAUCCCAUGCCCAGCUCCCCCCAUCCUACUCCUAACUGAUGUGACCCUACUCGAGGCCGCCUUGGCUUUUGGGUCACCCUGUCCCAUCCCAUCACCCCAAACACACACUUGUCCUUCAGCCUUGGGCUCUGGCAUCUGAGCCCGAGCUCCUGCCCCUGCUGUGGGAAAGGUGGGGAAGAAGGGGAUCUCCCUCCUGGGCCCACCCAGCUGCCCAGCCUUUGCCCACUCGGGGAGCAGGUCAUGCAUGCCAGUCCCUGUUGCCGCAUGGAGCUCCUCAGCCCACUGACCUCUCCGUGCCUGGUGCGGGCCAGGUCCCCAUCUCCCGCCUCCGCUUCCCCGUCACGCAUGGUGGUGGUGUUUCUAUGGUGUCUGGUUCUGUGCCCGUCUCUGAGACAGUCUCUGUGUGGAAUUUGCCUUAAACUGAAGUAAAUUUGGUUCUUUUAGUAAA